GCGGCCGGAGCGCCCGCCGCGGCUCGGCGCAUCCCCGCUCUCCGCUUCUCUCCCCGCCGCGUCCCCGCGCGAAGAUGGCAACAGACGGGCUGCACGAGAACGAGACGCUGGCGUCGCUGAAGAGCGAGGCCGAGAGCCUCAAGGGCAAGCUGGAGGAGGAGCGGGCCAAGCUGCACGACGUGGAGCUGCACCAGGUGGCAGAGCGGGUGGAGGCCCUGGGGCAGUUUGUCAUGAAGACCAGAAGGACCCUCAAAGGCCAUGGGAACAAAGUCCUGUGCAUGGACUGGUGCAAAGACAAGAGGAGGAUCGUGAGCUCGUCCCAGGAUGGGAAGGUGAUCGUGUGGGACUCCUUCACUACGAACAAGGAGCAUGCGGUCACUAUGCCCUGCACGUGGGUGAUGGCGUGUGCUUAUGCCCCAUCUGGAUGCGCCAUUGCUUGUGGUGGUUUGGAUAAUAAGUGCUCUGUGUAUCCAUUGACGUUUGACAAAAAUGAAAACAUGGCUGCCAAAAAGAAGUCUGUCGCCAUGCACACCAACUACCUGUCGGCCUGCAGCUUCACCAACUCUGACAUGCAGAUCCUGACGGCGAGCGGCGACGGCACGUGCGCCCUGUGGGACGUGGAAAGCGGACAGCUGCUGCAGAGCUUCCACGGGCACGGGGCCGACGUCCUCUGCUUGGACCUGGCCCCCUCAGAAACCGGAAACACCUUCGUGUCUGGGGGAUGUGACAAGAAAGCCAUGGUUUGGGAUAUGCGCUCCGGCCAGUGCGUGCAGGCCUUUGAAACUCACGAAUCUGACAUCAACAGUGUCCGAUACUACCCGAGUGGAGAUGCCUUUGCUUCAGGAUCAGAUGACGCUACGUGUCGUCUCUACGACCUCCGGGCAGACAGGGAGGUUGCCAUCUAUUCCAAAGAGAGUAUCAUAUUUGGAGCAUCCAGCGUGGACUUCUCCCUCAGUGGUCGCCUGCUGUUUGCGGGCUACAACGAUUAUACCAUCAAUGUCUGGGAUGUUCUCAAGGGGGCCCGAGUCUCCAUCCUGUUUGGACAUGAAAACCGAGUCAGUACUCUGCGCGUUUCCCCUGACGGCACCGCUUUCUGCUCAGGAUCGUGGGAUCAUACCCUGAGAGUCUGGGCUUAAUCGUCUUCUCACAAUGUAUGUACAUAUGUACCCGAGGAUAGAAUUUGAAAUGUUCACGUGUAAAUAGAUCAUACUUCUAGAGGAGCAUAGGGCUUAUUGCAAUCUAGCUUAAGGGAGUGACUGUACAUCUCCAACGUUACUAUUAAAACUGCCACCCCUGGAAAUCUACUAGUAUAAGCCUUCAGCACUACGGGAAUAUCUUCAAAUAGAGUAUUUUUUAUUUCAAACACUCUUAAAAAUGUAUCCGUUUUUAAGGUUAUUUUAAAUUAUACUAGUCUCAACUCAUUCUGUUACCAGUAGAAUUCAGCAUUUAAUGUAUUUCAUAUUCUUUCAAUCAAAUUUGCUUUCAGAGCACUUUAAAAUCUGAUUUUUCUCGGCAUGCACUGUGAUGUUGGGAACCUUCCUCUGGAACUGCUGGUUUUAUGGACUGGAUGAAGACUGUCAGUUGGCCUGUGAUAGAAGAAAAUUCCAAUUCUAAGUGUUAUUAGACAAAAUCACUUUUUUUAAAUGUGUUUUUAUUGUAAAAGUAUCUUUUUCAGC